CUCCCAGACACAGGCCGCUCCACGCAUUUCGCACCAUGGAAAGAGCCGCUCUCCGCAAUGUAAACCUCGUACAUUCGUCAAAUUCAAAGGCUACGAAACCAUAGGUUCAUUAACCCCCUCGAAAUUGAAAUAUGGCGGACAAGCUGCGGUCACAGCAGGAGCUGGAACGUCUCCAGGCCAAAUACAUUGGCACAGGGCAUCCAGACACUACCAGCUGGGAGUGGAAAACAAACAUCCACCGCGACACAUACUCAAGCAUCGCUGGUCAUCCGCCUCUUGCUGCCUACAUGGCGCUCGCUCAAAAUGAGCCUGUCGCCAAGGUUCGCGCAGAGAUGAUACGGAAAAUGAUUCAACCGUGCGGCCCGCCCCCAGCUCGUGAGGGCGAGGACUCGGUGGUUCAGCAGUGACACAGAUCGGCGACUGAACCACCAAGUGCAGAUCUCUGUAUAGCAGGCAAACACCACUUGAAGUCUCAGCUAGCUCGAGUGCACAUAGUCCGAGAAAUGCUUUUUCAGACCCAUGAUACAAUAACCGUAGCCCAUAUCCUUGCCGUCCUGAGCAUGGCUCGCGAGUUGCAAGACAUGGGUUGGGACCAUCUAGCUGGAGCAUGCGCAACUCGCGCCGGUAGGUCGCGUCUUGCGGGAGAUGCGGAUACGACUGGGGAAAUGGCCGCCGGUAGAAAAAUACAGGGGAGACGGUGAGGGAAAUGGAUAUCUUCUAAUAUAAUCCAUCCCAGCACACCGUAUGCUACUACUGCAUAUAUCAACGCUCAUCUCCAUCGUCUUCAUCUUCUGCGCCGUCUGCAUCCCCGUCAUGUCCCUGGUGCCUCUCCGCCUC